AUGAUGGUAGCAGCAGCAGCCCAGCCUGGUAAUAUGGACGUCACAAAGCUUCUCCAGAAACUAUCCACAACUAAAGAUUCAAAACAGAAAACAGCGAUUUAUAAUGAGCUGGUGGAGAAAGUCAAGGAUGGGUCAAUUUCAAAUUACGUCGGGAAGCUGGCAACAUCUUGUUGCCUAGAAACAUGCAAGGACGUCCUUGAUAAUGAGGUGGAGUUAUCAAAUGCGGCACUUCAGGCGUUGGGAUUCUUUAUCCAUGAGCCUCGUAUAGUCAAGUCUCUCACCAAAGAAAAUGGAUAUGUCAUAUUGACGAAUCUGUGUAGUGUGCUUUUACGAUUGGAGGAGAAGACGGGAACUGUCCGGGCCCUGUGGUGCCUUUCAAAACAAACCUUGCCAGACGUCAUUGUUGCCAAUGAGCUCAACAGUAUACUCUGUUCCCUGGAACACGUCUGCUCGCGCUGCAAGUACCAAGUCGGUGUUGUUGAUUAUGAGACACUUGGUGUUGUGUGCAGACUUCUUGAGCAGAUUCCAGACGACAUGGGACUUCACACGCCAAUAUGGGCCAAAAUAAUCUUUCAUUUGGUCGUACACAGUGUGCCAAAGGUCCGAGAGAGGGCGUUGGCUGUCAUGGAAAUAGCUAUGCCUUUCCUGAUGAAACACCAAGACGAACUCGUCAGGAUCCUCAUACCGGAUUUAAAAGAGGGUAUUCUUGGCGAUAUGAAGAAGCUGUUUGCUGCCAAACAAGAAGUGUUUGUGAUGAGAGUGUGGUCGUGCUUUGUGCAGGUAUUGGGCAAGUCUAUCCACCAUGGGAGCUUUAUCAACAGCAUUCUAGGCUUGGCAGAGCAGGGGUUCAAAAGCCAGUCAAUAGAGGGCAAGUGUGCAGCCUUUGAGGCGUGGAUUUCUCUUAUCGAUAACUUUGCAACAAAUCCUGAUAUUCUCUGUGAUAACAAGCGUGUCAAACUGAUGAUGAUGGUCUUCAAGAACAACAACGCGAAAGUGGAGACACUGGCUCUGCUGAAGCUGCGCGUCUGGUGGCAUUUUAUAACCAAACUUGACGACAAGGUGUCACAGUUAUUUGAUCAGACAUGUGCACCGUUGCUGCACUUUGCUAUUGGGCUUGGAAUGUCCUCCAAUCCUGCAACACCCUCAAGGAAGCACCCCAUGCCGACAGGUGGCAUCGGUACACCCAAAUCCCUGUCAAAUAUAAGUGCCAAUGUGUCAAGCCCGGGGACCCCUCGCCUCAACCUUUCAAGUUUCGGUAGUGUGGUGCCAACAUUUCAUUCAGUUCAGUUGACAGGCUGCGAGAUCAUCUCUCAUUUUCUCGGAAAGACGCCGGAUAUGGACUUCCCAAAAUUCAGUUACACCCUCGAUUCCUUGUCAGCCAAUGUAGUUUCUAGUCCGGGAUUCUUUGCCAAACAUUGUGCGACUUUCAUGAAUGCUAUCAAGGAGGCUGUGCUGUUGCUAGGAGAUCAGAUACCAGCUGGUUUGCUCUACAGUAUCUGGUUCUCCCUGGUGGCCCACUGCAAGAACGUGCUGACGGUGAUCGGGAAGAAGGAAGGUGUCGACACACUCACGUCACUCUUGACAGGAUUUCAACAAAUUGUGCAAGCAGAAGUUUUGGAGCCGCUGAAGGUCUUGAAACUUCUAGAAGCCAUCAGCUGCCUGCCACCAAAGGCCCUGAGUUCACAAUCGCACAAUGUUGGGAAUGCUAUGCACGGUACCCCAGCACUGGUGCUCCUGGAACUAUUGUUAACUCAGAGCGUGGUCGAGAAAUGUUCCAUUGAAGAAAGAUUCUUCACGUUGUUCGACACCCUUGUUGACUUCGGUUUCAUGAACCAGGCGACGGUAUUGGACUUUAGCCAAUCGGUUCUACAGAUGUUAGAGAAAGUGGCUGGGUCGAUAGAAAAUAAGGAAUCAGUUUGGCGACUCUGGAGUAUUGUCAGUCGGCCUCUUACAGAACACAUCAUAAAGACGAAUGAAGUGAACCAGGGUGACUCGUUGGAGCACAACUUCUCGUGUAUGUAUAGUGCACUCAUGCUGCCAAUCACGCAGAUUCUGCCCACAGAAUUACCACAGCCUACAGUGAAGACGCUCCUUAAGACGUGGAUCGAAUUGUACAAAACAUUUGCCCGUUUAUCAGCCCUGGUGACGAACGCAGACGCUAACAUCUGCUGCGAAGAACUCAGUGCUAAAAUUAUCGGUGCUAUGAAUGACGUCAGCGUGGACAACGUUGUUUUCUUGGAGAGCCUUGGCCAGAUUUGUCUUAACAUCACCGAGGCUAUCGACUUCUCGACAUUUUCGACUUCGAAUAAUUUUGGAAUAAUGUCUGUCAGCCCAGCCAAGUGGAGCAAGCGGAAACACAAGGCACUCGGAAACCUUCAUUCUCUAGUCAAAGUCGUGGAGAAACUUCUGGAAGCCAUUCAUGAGAAGAAAUGUAAAGGCUUGAGUCCCACUGAGCAGAAAACUUGGCAAUUGUCAGUGAGCCAAGUUAUCGCGGUCGUGGAUGCGUUAUUCAGCCAGGUGACCCAGUCGACCAUGGUUGUUGCCCUGAUGCCCCACCUGUCCAAGCCGGUUGGCGUACUACUUGAAGGCUCUGCAAGGAAAGGAGCAAAUAAAUUAUACUCUGCUGCCGUUUGUGGGAAGGUUGAGAAACUUUGGCAAAGCAUCAUCUCCAGUCUGCAGACGCGUUUCUCUGGUCCCUAUGACACAGACUUCCUGGAGACAGUCUCUCCGCUGCUCGAAGCAGCUUUUCUACAUCCAAAACGAAAUGUCAAACAGACGACUACUAGUCUUUGGAACUCAACAUUUGCAAAUUCUGCGAUCUUGAAAUAUCCUGAUUCCCUCAAGCCUGUUCUGAUGAAAGUGAAAGAGAAAACCCCCAUAAUCCUCCCUGGUUGGCAGACGUCCGAAAUUAUGGUGAUUGGAGAAACACCUGUUAGUCAAGUUAGUCAGGCUGAAUCUCAGGCCCCGAUGCCCGAUCUCCCAGGAAUGUCUUCGCCCCUUCGAAUGCGUGGAAGCUUCCUCAACAAGGUGGUGUCGCCAAAUGUGAAGAAUUCGCCUCUGAAAAUCACUGAGGCUCAGUCGCCUGUCCAGGCAAUACGGAAGCUGAAGAUGUCGGUCAACGAUCUCCGAGAUGAGGAUUUUGUUGUGAUCGCACCGUCGCCGAAGAAGAAAAUCAUCCUGACCGAACACCAGAAGGAAGUCCUGAAGCAGCGCAGUGCCAUUCCCGCCCUCUAUAGUAACCUAGACGCAUCGCAGGACGUGUCGCUAUCGGCAUUUACGACGACCUCACAAAUCGAUAACUCCAUGGAUUCCAGUUUCUCGUUGUUGAAAAAAGCGGACGUGCCCAUCUUCAAGAAGCCAGGAGGGAAUGAAAAAGUACCGGAGCGCACCGUCAAAGAAGCAGCAGACGUCAGGAAAAGAUCAGUGAAAUUUGCUGAUGAGGAAGAAUCGUGUCAGAUUAUUGAAACAGUUUCUAAUGAUGACACAUUGAAGGCAAUUGGGCAGAAGAUAGAUGCAAAUUCUGGUCCUGUUUCUAUGGAAACUGAUGAAGAUGAUAGUGUCAAGGUCAUUGAAAAUGUUGAGCAGACGUCAUCUGUUUGUCCGAAAGAAGAAGAGGCAAAGAUUCAGGACUGGGAACUUGAUAUGAACGGUUGCUUUGACACAGAGAUGGAAUGUGAUACAGACGUCACGCAGGAGCCUAGUACAGCACCACCCGGUGGUUCGGCGCAGAGUAACAUUGAUAGUACGUCAAGUUUCCAGUUCCAUGCAUCCGAGAGCACACUCGUGGGAACUCCACGAAAGAUCACGUCAUCAGGAGAGACAAGUAACACGAGUCAGGUGACAUUGAGUGGCCAAUCACAGAGUAGCUUGAUAUUGGAACCGAAGUUUGGUAGCCAACCUUUUAAUUCGGAGAAUCCGUUCAAUUUUGAUUGUGAAACUUUGGAAGGGGCUUCAAAUCAGAGUUCUCUUGAUUCCUGUUGUGAAUUGAAAAAGCAGACGCCACGUCGUCGGUCUAGCAGACGAUCGUCUGUCCAGCAGCAGGUGGAGAUUGAAGAAAAGCCAGAGAAACAGAGAAAGAAGGGGAAACAGGUAUUUGGUGUCACUGUCAGUUCAGAUGUCAUCCAUGAAAAUUCACAGUCGCCGAAGAAAGUUGAGAGUUUCAGUGUGUUUGGAUUGAAGGAUGGUGUCAUGACGCCCAGGACUGAAGGAAGCAGCGAUCGAAUUUUGGGCAGCCAGCCUCUGUUUAGUGAGAGUCCCGCUACCCCGUCUCCGCCGAGAGCCACAUCGGGAAACCCACCCACCAUGGUCCUUGUUGAAGAGACUCAGUCGCCUGAGAAAUUCAAAGAGAAGUUUUUGAAUGUUCAAGAUGAGCAUAACGACAGCAUCAAAGAAACGCCUUUGAAAGAUUUGGAAUCGGAAGUUCCCAAAAAUGGGAGUCCUGCUGUGAGGGCUCUCUUUGAUGAUGCUGACGAGGACAGUUUAGAAAAGGGUGAUUCAGAGACGGUAAAACCUUCCGACCUGCAGGCAACUGGUGGGACCCCCACUUCUUCUGCAGAAGAUUUAAAGAGUAUUCAUGUUGAAAUGUCGCCAGACGGUGUCGUUAUCUCAUCUGGGGAGCCAAAGCUGAACGCCACACCGGUCGUCAAGUUGAAGAAACUCACAAAUGCAGAGAUCGAUCAUUUCAGUCCGAGGAAACCAAAGGACAAGUUGGAAUCGGAGGAGUUGAAAUCAGAAAGUGAGAAAGGCAUUUUCCCCGUUUCGUCGCAAGAAAGUUCUGGACAGACUUCUUCCCAAGUGGCAAGGUCGAGCAAAAGGUCAAAGAGACGUGGGUCAAGGUCGUUUAGAUUUAGUCACGGAGGACAGAAAGAUGAAAUGGAGGAUUUAGCUGAGAUGAUCGAGUCGGAUGAUUUUGUGCCAAGCUCGCAAGGAUUUGAUUUGAAGAGUACCGAAUCGAUGCCUGAGUUUACGGCGAUCAAACACUCUGAUGAUGAAAGGUUGCAGCAGGAAGGAAGUGAUGGGAUAACAUCCGCUACGGAGGCCGAGAAGAGUGAGGGAAUGGAUGAAGAUUUAGGAAAUGGUUGUUCGAAUCCGAUGAAGAAUUGUAAGAUUGAGACGCGGAAUGAAACGACACAAAAUGAGGAAGAAAUCCCGAAAGAAAAUGAAACUGUACCGACCUCCCAAAGUUCUGAUGUGUCCACAUCAAAAAUGGAUUCACAGGAGAUCAUUUUGAAACACGACACUGUGACGGGAACUACAGCGGAUAAUGCUGAAGAAAAGAAACCAAAACUGAGAAGGGGCCGUCCUCGUAAAUCAUUGUCGAGUUCUCAGCAGUCUGUUGACAAGGCGAAUCUUGGAAAAGGCUCUGAGAAGCAGAAGAACGAGAAGUUGGAAACUGUGUUGACGUUGUCUGCUGAGAAUGAAGUCAUUCCAGAAGCUGUAGAAAAAAUGUCUGCUGAAGUUGAAGUCAUUCCAGAAACUGAGGUUGAAGCGAGUGUGCGUGAGGAUUCAGUUGCUGAGGGUGAUGUCUCUGAACCUGUUAUCAAGAAGGGGAAGAAAGCCAAGAAGGGAAAGAUGGUGAGGAAGCAAUGUGCUGCAGUUGACGUCUUUCCUGAAACUCAACUGACUGCCAGUGAGCUUGGGGUCGUACUACAUUCAUCCAAAGAAGGAAAGAAAAGCAAGCUGUUGAAAAAGAAGAAACUUUACACUAAGGAAAAGCAGGAGGUUUAUGAGGUUGAGGCAGACACUCCGACGAAAAAGAAGAAGAAGAUUGCGAACAAAGUUUACAAUGAAGAUAUUUUUAAUCGGAAAUGUAAUUUGGAUGUUGAGGAGGAUUCUGAGGAGGAUUUGCCCCUCAAGAGUCUGAUUGCUAAGGAGAAAGGUUCAGCUGAUUCAGAUGAGGAUUUGCCCUUGAUGAGCCUCGUGGCCAAGGGAGUUAAUCAAAAUGAUCUGGAGGUAGCCAACAAAGGGCUAGUUGCCGAAUCUUGUGAUUUAUUUGAUAAUGAUAGUGACCGUUUGUCAUCUGCUGCAAGUGAACCAAUGUCGUCUGCUCCAGGUGAACCAAUGUCGUCUGCUGCAGGUGAGCCGAUGUCGUCUGCUGCAAGUGAACUGGAAGACUUGCAGGCUUCACAAACAAGUUCGGAGCCUGAAUCAACUAAAAGGAAGAAGAGAGGUCGAGGGAAAAGUCCACUGGAUCGUUUAACUAUGGAUCUGGUCCUGUCAAGGAAAUCAACGCGGUCGCAGAAAACUUCAAAUCGGGUAACGAAAUUAGGCCGAAGGAAUUCAUUGCCGAGUGCAAAAGCUGUUACGAAGUCUGAGCCAAAAAAGAAAGAUCUGAAGACUGCGGAAUUAGUUGAAGGUUCUGAGGAUGAUGUGAUUGAAAUGUCUGAAAAACCCGAGGAUGAGAGCAAACCAGAUUUAUUGGACACUGAGGUGGAAAUGGUGGAUGUAAAAGUGGAUCAACGGCUGCAAGAAGCUGUUGUUGAAUCGGAUGGCGAAUUGGAAGAUAUCUGUCAAAGUAUGGCAGACGUCAGACCCGAAGUGCGAGAGCUAAUCUCGCGUCCGAUUUUGAAGAUACCGGAAUUUGAAAAGAAUGAUGAGACCGAGGUGACAUCGUCUGCUUCCCCUGUGCAAACGGACGUGUUGCCUGGCAGUGACCUCCAGGAGACCCCAAGGUCGGCAAAUAAACAGUCGAGGUUCAUGCUGAGUCGACACAGGACAAGUUCACCGCAGUUUGUGCGUAGUCGUGGCCUGCGACUCUUGGAGCUGGCUAGUCAGUCCGCUACGAAACCGAAAAUGGAUCGCGAAUUGGAUAUUGCAAACUCGAGCAGUACCCCAAAGUCGAAACAAAAACCAGUCUCAAGCAUGACGGAUCCGGUCAGAAGACAUCGGCUAUCAAGAGUUGACUUGAUUCUAGCGAAAUCAAAGGAGAUAACAGCAAAACGAGAAACUACGGAAGAACCUCGUACCCAGGCGCCAAGCUCUCCAACGAAUUCUGUUCUGCCACAUGGAAGUGCUGGAUCACCAGAGAGCACCGAAAGUACGGUCCGUGCAACGAUGUCGCCAUCAUUCUCGCGGUCUGGUUUCCGUACCAUCCAAGUUAAUCGUAUCUACUCACCCUCAGCCUCGCCGAGUGCUGGCAUACUGAAGAAGAGGAAACUGUCCGGAGACAUGGCGACAGAUUCACCUUCGCCACCAAAUAAGCAAAGACGGGUCUCAUUCGCCGAGUCAGCCGAACUGAACACCAUCCAUCCCAUACCGAGCUCUGGCCGAAGUUCACCAAAGCCCGUCAAUCGAUGCCUCGAGCUGCCCAAGACGUCGCCAUUGGUCACGACAGAUUCCCGCGUGUCUACGACGUCGGAUAAGUUUUUGACAGCGUCGUCUGUUAGUGACAAUAGUUGUGUGAUCAGUCCCAGUCGUUGCACGGACACAUUUACUGCCCCGAGAGCUGUGAAACGCCUCAAGGCUUUACCAGCUUCGCCUUCUCCUUCCCUUUCCCCGAUGAGCUGCCAGAGCACGCAAGAAUCCCAGCUCAACUGCACCGGCCCAUUUUACCCAGAGUUGACAAAGUGUGAGGAGCCUGUUGGGAACAUAGUCCCUAAGUUGACAUCAUCUAUGUGGUCCAGAGGACUUGGAAAAUUAAUGAAGGCCCGCAACAUUACGACAAUCGGCAACUUGUGCAGUCUCUCCGAAUAUGAAAUUCAUCAACUUCCGAUAAAAACGCCAAAACUUGUCACAAUGAGAAGCGUAUUGGAUGAGUACAAAAGCAAAUGGGAAUUGAAGAAGGAUGUCAUGAUGCUUGGGAAGGUUGCCGACAUGAAAGUGGCCGAAAUUGAAGAAACCGAAAUUGCAUAUGAUCGUGUUGAUUCAGCUGAAGAUCCUGAUGUUGUGGCAUCUUCGAUGAUUGAGCUUCCAAGUGUCGAGAAGGAAUUGGAAACGCUCUCACCGACAAAAGAAGUGGUGUAUGACUGUGUGGAAUCAUCUGAAGAGACUGUGGGAUCUCCGUUGAAGGAACUUCCGAGUGUCGAGAAGGAAUUGGAAACGCUCUCACCAGCGAAAGAUAUUGUCACGGAUGAAGAAGAAGAGAUGGACACUACUAUUGAAAUGGUGAUGGAAAGCUCGAAUGAGGCGCUGCAGAGUUGGAAAAAAUUAGUUGAAGUGACCUUACCUGGAGAGGAAAAUAAAGCAGCAGGUCAUGACACUGUGGUGAUAUCUGAGUCGGUCGAGUUCUCAGAAAAGAGUGAAUCGAAUGAGGACGUCACGGAUGUUGAUCAAAAGGCUGUAGUUGAAGAGGUUGUCUUGAAUUUGGAUCCAGGCUCUGAGAGUUCAGAAUCCGAGUGUGUUGUGUUGGAAAAAUCGGAAGUCAAACGUGAGGAUGAAGUUCUGGGUUCCAGAACAGUAUCGGUUUCCGAGUUGAACUGUGUUGUCGUAGAAAAAGUGGAUUCAGAAAUGACAGGCAAAACAGCGGUAGAAUUUGGUGGUAAUGAGGAGCCGGACAAUAACAAUAACUUGAAGAAAGACAAGCAGACGUCAUUGUUGACAACUGAGAAAGAUUCUGCUAUUGAGCUAGAGUCGCCACCUAUUGAGGAAUCCUCAAACAUUUCUAUUUGUAAUUUGGGUGAUCCUGUCAAAGAGGUGGAGGUGCAGAAAGAGAUUGAACAAAACCAGAUGGUCGAAUUUAAGAAGUUUUUGAAAAAUGGCGACAAGGGUGUUCAUUUGGAAUGCUUCGAAAUAAUGACACAUGAUUUUACGGUUGAUAUGUUGUCGCAGUUGCCAAGUAAUGCGUUGUUCAAGUUGCAUCAGAGUUUGAAUGAUUUGACGGGUAAAAUUGGUUUGGCGCUUAAGUCCAAAUGCAAGUCUCCAGACACACGCUAGGGAGGAAUCACUUGGUUGGAGGUCGUACACUUGGCACUCUUGACAUGUAACCGUAUCUUUUUCUUUGGGAUGCGUGGAGCAUCUGUUUACCCUGAGCUUUGAGGUAUCUGAGUGUCUGAGUUGAUGAUAGGAAUUCUUUACUCAUGUCAUCAGGAGUUACACCCUGUAGCGAAGUUUUAAUUUCUCCUUGUUAUUUCUGGGGCGAUCCCCCUUCCAAAGGCCAAUUUUAAACCAGUGUGCUUUGUGCAAGAGGCAUCACGGCUGAGCUGAAAGAUGCACGAGCAUCGUGUCUUCCGUUGAUUCAUUUUUGCGUUAUUAAUGUUUUCAAUCAUGUUUAUGUCAAUGAAAAUUACAUCUACUUGUAUUCUGUGUUAAAUUUUGAAAGUGAUCUUAACUGCAGAAUGAGCUGACCUACCCACUAAAGAUCUCUUCUGUCGUGUUGGCUUUCACACACUGAGGAAUUCACCACUGACUAGGUGAUGGCACUAAUCAGGGAACUGCCUAUCUGGUACAAGUACACUUAUACGCAGUUUAAGUCAAGGUUCUUGUGUGCGUUAUCAUUCUCUAAAAGGAGAUUGAAGAAACACAACUGUGAACUGAGCUACCGACGCCUUUGCUGGACACUCUCUAAAAGGAGCUUUGGGUGUUUCGUUACAGCACGUUUAGCUUCAAAUACAGAAACAGAAUUACUGAGGUAAACAAAAAGGGUGAUUGAUUGCAGCAUAGUGCUAUGACCAGUUGAAUGCCAAUUGGUCAUAGCUCUAUGCAGCAUUUAAUUGGUCACAGCUCUAGUGCUGCAUUCAUUUGUUCAUAGCUCUAUGGACUUAAUUGGUCACAGCACUGCUGCAUUCAAUUGGUCAUAGCUCUGUGGACUUAAUUGGUCACAGCUCGAGUGCUGCAUUCAUUUGUUCAUAGCUCUAUGGACUUAAUUGGUUACAGCACUAUGCUGCAUUCAAUUGGUCAUAGCUCUAUGCUGCAUUAAAUUGGUCAACAAUCAUGUGAGCUUAUAGUUGUUAUUAAAAAUAGGUGCAAGUAGUUAACUAUGCAAACUAAGAUAUAGAAGAUGUGGGCAUACAUCUUCUCGAUGACAAUUUGUUUUAUAUCCAAUGUUAUUUUACUGUAUGCAUUUAUUGUAUU